ACGAUGAUGCAAAUUGUAGAUUUCUUUGUUUAAUAAAAGUGCAUGUAAAGUAAUAAUGCAAAUCAAAGUCAUUUGAUAGUAAAAUGAUAGAUAACAUUUCAUAGUAUUAAACAUUUAUUAGUUAUUGAUAUAUUUUUUUAUAUUACUUGUUCGUGAUAACAUGCGUGAAAUUAUACUGCCUGCAUCAUUUGUCACUUAAGUAUGUGUUUGUUACUGACCAAAACUGAAUGAUCUAAGCAGUGAUGAUAUAUGAUAUAUGAUAAUUUAAUUUUGAUAUGAAGAUACAUUGGAAUAAAUCCAAAAAUUAUCAUUUAAAUUUUUUAUAAAAUAAAAAUACAAAAAAUGAAUAAUUUUCAAGAUGAAAUCGACAUGCAAGAAAUAUUAUUACUUGGAAAACUUCUGCACCAAAAUGGAGACAAAGUUUUAAAUUCAGUGGGAAAGCUGUCUUUAUCAACAACCUUAUUAUGUAAUUUAAAUUCAGCUUUCUCUUUAAUUGUGGAUGGAUCUGAAGAUUUAGAAGCUUCAUUUCAAGUAUGCAAUAGUUCAAAAAUUGACAUAUUUCGUGACUUGAAAUUUUUACAUGAUUUUAUACAGAAGACAAUUGGCCUAAAAUUGAUUUAUUGUCCAAACAAUCCUAAUAUCCCUGUUGAUAUUACUAAAUUUAGGUGUUUGAAACAUUUAGAAUUAAAGAAAAUCAAUAUUAAUUCUGUGAAAGGACUCCAAGAUGUUAGAAGUCAACUUGAAAGCAUUAUCUGUGCUGGUAGAAAAGGAGUUUGUACUUUGAAACAAUUGUUGGCAAAUUGUGGAGGAGAUGCUAGUAUUGGAUUUAUAUGGAGUUCUUUGAAACAUUUAGCAUUACCACAUAAUUCUCUUGAACAAUUGGAUAUAUCUUUAGAAUUAGUACCUUGGCUACAAAUAAUAGAUCUAAGUCAUAAUUUGAUAACAUCUGCAGAUCAAUUAUCUUGUUUACCAAAUUUAAAAUAUGUGAAUCUUGGAUAUAAUAAACUUGAAACAGUACCUACUUUUAGUGAAACUGCAUCACACUUAUUACAAGUAUUAGUUCUAAAGAAUAAUUAUAUAGAAAAUCUAAAUGGUUUACAAAAUUUGGAAUGUUUAACAGAAUUAGAUUUAUCACAUAAUUGCGUGAUGGAACAUUCAAGCUUGUGGCCUUUAGAAAAAAUGUCUGCUUUGUUAUGGAUAUCCUUGGAAGGCAAUCCCUUAUCAUAUCAUCCGAAAUAUCGAUUACUAGCUAUAAAACAUUUACAUCCUUGUUUGAGUAAUAGCAAAUUUGUUUUAGAUCAUGUAUCAUUAUCAAAAUCAGAAAAGGAAAUUAUUGCAGAAAAUCGAUUGUUUGCUAUUAAAUCUAAACAAUUCCUAACAAAUGAAUUUCACACUUCAAUGUCAGAUUCUUUAAAUUCUAGUAGUUUAUUUACAUCUACAAGUGAAUUAGCAGGGUCAAGUAAUAUGGACAAAAGUUUUUCUAAAAGUAAAAAGAAAUCUAGUAUAAAAGAAGCCAUUAUUGCAGAUGUUGAACAAGAAAAGAAAGAAAUAAAAACAGAAACAACAUCGAAAGGACAUUUAGAAACAAAAAAACAAAUUUUAGAGAUACGAAAAAAAUAUGGAGAAGAUAAGUGGUUAAGUAGUCAUGCUGGAACAUUUGUUCAAGAUAUUAUGGGAUUACAACCUUCAACGUGUCCGAUAUUGAUACCGGAAUUUGCGAUAGAAAAUUUAGAUUCUAAGAAUAUUGUAGCAAGUGCUGAAGAUUCAGCUAUUCUUUUAAUGAAAAAUACAAAAAUUGAAACAAACGAAGAAUCUUUAAUGAAGGAGAUUAAUGAAAGUAAUAAUGAAAAAGAAAAUGAAAAUGAAAUAUUAAACAAAGAAGAGAAUAUUUCUGAAAUUAUAUUAACCAACAAUGCAAGUGCCAUUGCAGAUAUAUCUGAACCCUUAUAUGAUCCAGAACAAGAAGGAGGAAAAUUAUAUGUAGUUCAAAAGAAAAAAAAUGCAGACGAAUUGGAAGAUUUAUUUUUAAUGAUAACAUCAAAUGAUAUUAAAGAGAUAGAUUCAUUUACUGGAAAAUUGAAGUACUGUUGGUCAAUGAGUUCUGUAUUGUCAUGUGUAUUGGGUAGAAGUGAACCAGUCACAGUAGAUAUAAUUUUUGAUACAACACGAGAACAUCGUCAAAAUAGAAGAUAUUUUGUAAAAUCAGAUGUUGCAAAAGAAAUAGUAAAAAUAAUUAAUGAAGAAAUCAAAAAAAGACCAAUGUUAUUGAAAAUUUUUAAAUGUAUGAAAUGUUCAACUCAUUUUUCUCAAGAUUUAGAAUAUGUUACUCUUAUAAAUUCUACUAUAUCAGGUAUGAAAUGUCCCACUUGUAAAAGUACUUUAGUUAUAGAAACAGACGAAUUAUCAAUUUUGAACAUGGAAAAUGAUAUUUCCGAAAAUUCAUUGGAAUGCAUAAAUAAAAAUCAGUAUUCAGAAAAUCCAAUAAAGGCUAAUUUACAACAUUCUGAGUCUUAUUCUAGUAUUGGUGGAAUGGAGGGUGGAGCUAUAUCCGUCACCACUUCUCUGGUGCACUCUGAUUCUCACACCCAAGCUCAAGUCUGUUGUUCAGCCACAAGUUUAGAGGAAUCAAGAGAAUCUACACCAUCUGCAAAUACAUCAAAUAAAAAAUAUGAAAGUGAUAUAGAAGUAUUAAGCAAUCCAAGUCAAAGUAGUAUCGAAGUUUUGGACGAUGCAUCGAGAACUCAUCUUACGCCUCAUAGAAAGCGUUCUUCAGAAGAAAAACGUACUGUUAUUGUUCCAUCUCUUUUAACAAUACCUGAUGCAGCUCCAAUUAUAACUGGUUUAACUGAGAGUAGCUCUUCAGGUUCUUUAACAGAUAGUAUAUGUACUGCAUAUGAAAAUAAAAUAAUGAAGCAGGUUAAUGCAGAUGAAAAAUCUCUUAAUAGUAAUGAUAAAGUAAAAUUUACACCUGUAACAAAUUUAACUUCUAUGCUAGGUGGACUACUUCAAAGUAUAAAAAUUGGUAAUAGUAAACCGUUAAUGUUAAAAACGGAAGAAACAUCACAUCUAAUAAGUAGUAAUAUUCAGUAUUCUUAUACGGAUUUCAACAGUAUAGAUCAUAGAAUAAAAUUGCAUAUCAUUUUGAAUAUAUUUGAACAUGAAAAUGAAGAACUCAUUCUUCUCCUCAGGGCAGAAAUUUUAAUGCAAAAUACAAAAGAAACAUUUCCUGGUUGUUUGGUUUUAUCUACAUUCAAAGUAUAUGUGCUUAAAAUUGUUGGAAUAGAAGGAGAAGACCCACAACGAUGGUUGCAUAAAGAAAUUAGUUGGACGAUAGAUAGAUUAAAACGUUUCUCACCAAUACCAUUUAAACAAGGUAUUUUAAUUGAAUUAGAACAACCUAACAAAAUUAAUGACGAACCGAAUUCUACUAUUUCAUUCUUAUGCGUUCUACAAGAUCUACAAAGGACACUCAACUUUCUAGUUUAUGUUACUGAUUUUUUAUUACCAUCUAUUUGUGAAGAAGUUGAACUCACAGUCUCAGAAUAUUGUACUUCUUCAAUGUAUCAAUUACUAAAAAAUUGCAACAAUUAUCAAGAUGGAGAUACUGUUAGACACCUUGCAUUAUUUUCUUCUGCCAUAUUAAAAUAUCAAAAUCUCGAAGUUCAACUUAAAUUAUCAAGUUUAAUAGUGACUACAUCUGUCUUAGCAUUGUGUAAUAUGCAAUGGCUUCUUCCAGGCAAUAAAGAAUCACCUCAUAUAAUAAAAGAACAAGCAAUGAGUAAUUUGAUUGGAGUUGAACAUUAUAACUCUUCACUGACAUUGAAUUUCUUAGAUGAAGUAAUAGGACAGGAGGAAACGUGGAUUCUAGAUUUUGUUUCUAUGAGUGCUGCAGAAAUAGUUGUCACUUCUAUACGAUCUCCAUGGGAGGAACUUUUUUCAAUUCCUUUACAAAAUACAAUUUGCAAAUCACAAGAUUGUGAAAAUGAAUAAAACAUUAAAUAUACAGGAAAGUAUUCUAGUCCAAGAAAAUGUAUCAGGUAAUCUAUGAACGAAUAUAGUUUAUUGAAUUAAAUUGGUAGUUAAUAUAAUUUUGCA